CCUGCGGCGAAAAGUAAGGUGAUUGCGGAGAACAUGACUUCGGUGCUGAAGUCGCUCAAGAAACGUAAACACGCAAAGAAACACGCCCGCAUCAGGCAAGCGGCGGCAUUGGGCGAAUGUUCCGGCGCUGCCAGUGUGAAAGGGCGGGAAAAGAUGAAUGAAUCCAAUGUUUCUAAGCGACGUACUUCACCGCGAAAGAGCAAUAGCGCAGCGAAACAGGCCAAAAAAGGUCUGAAGGAACUACAACCGCAAACGAGCGCAACGGAUGAAUCCCCCGUGCCGUCUCCUUCAACCGUCGGCACCGACAACCAGGUGGAAAAGAACGCUGGAAAGGAGAAUAAAAAGGUCAACGCCUUUCAGUUGAUGAUGAAAUCACGCCACAAGAGCAUCGGUUCGAACUCACCCGGCAAGGAACGCCAACCGUCACCGGCGAACGGAAACGAGCUGCCGCCACAACAGGAACAGAAGGCCAAACGCAAACUGCAGCUCGAACAGUGGGCCGAAAGGAAAGGGGCCGGUAAACGGAAGUUUCGCGAAGACGCCGAUGGUGAGUACAUCGAGCGCCAGCUGAACAAGCGUGCGAAACGGUUGAAAAAGCUUAUCAACAAUAUGCAACCGGCGGAGGAUGAUAGCGAUGUGGAGGAAGUAACGAUUGACACCAGUUCUCAGAAUGGUCAUCAGAAACAAGCACGUAACGGUACGGUACAAAACUCCCCUGCGUUGGACAAAGGCGAUACCGAGCAAAAGGCCAAGAAAGAAACCGAAAUCAGUGCUACGAAAGCAACCAAGCCGACAGCGAAAGUCGAUUCGGAUGACGAAUUUUUACGGAAUCUUUCUUCGCCGCGCAAAAAGAAAGACAGUUUGCUGGGGUACUUCAACAAAGUGUCACCACAGAAUGGGGUGACAAAAGAUUCACCGCCAUCGACAUUAACGAACCGCAAAAAGAAAUCAACGCCUCCGGCGCCUCUCAUUAACGGUAAAGGUGGCCCGGAAGAUCUGACAACACCGAACGAGGAACGACAAGAAGCGACAGGGACCCGUCGUUCACGGCGAUCGUGUGCGAAUCGUAUCAAGGACUAUGCGGCCAUUGACCGGGACAGUCCACAGAAGAGUGUCGAAAAGAAGAAAUCGACACCGAUCGUUACACCACUGAAAAUUAUUAACGUCCAAUCACCAACCGCCAUGAAAGUAGUCCGCAGUCCUUCGCUUCAAAUGUUUAAUACUGCGAUGAACCGCGACGCAGCAGCAAACUCCGUGUCGUCUAUCCCCUCGACACCGAAGAGCGUCAAGCUUGCUCCGUUGUUUGUAAAAGAGCGACCACCGAAGGUACCGGCAAUAGAUCCGGAAAAGGCCCGAGCGCGCCAACUGUUUCUGAUGUCCGGAUUGCCGGACAAACUGCGCCAAGAGAUAGACAAACGGGCGGCGUAUGAAGAUUUUAUUCUCAACGAAUCGCCCGUGUUCCCACUGGUCAGUCACGUCACUCAGCUUGAACCAGCGGAAGAGGAACGAUUAAACGGUCGCCACGUGGCAGAUUUCAUCAACAGUUGUAUUAAGCUGCGUCCGCCGGUCGUGGAAUCGCCAGCCGCAAAAAAGUCGGAAGCUAAGACCCUCAAUCGGAAGAUACUGUUCGGAACGUUCACGACGUGCAAUGGGUACGAUUAUGAGGACGCACUCGAGCGGUGUAUAAGCGAGGAUCGCCAUGAGCAGUGCGUCGAUGGCGAGCUGCCGGAAGUGGCCAACGUAAAGGAAAUUGUGCGCGAGUACAAGCAACGCUAUCAACACUUUCCGGUGUACAAAUGCUACAAACAGUUCCGUGCGAUCUACGAGCAGCACCAACAGGAAGGCCAGGCCGAGGAUACGAAACCGAGCGAUUCACGAGCCUCGCAGCAUGACGAAAGUAUCGAAUUUAUCGAACCGAUGCCGGCAGGCUGCCGGAACGGUGAGCUGCUAUUUACGGAGAAGUACAAACCUCAGAGCACCGAUCAGAUACUGGUUAACUUUGUGCCGGCGACGAUUCUGAAACGCUUCCUGAUGCCCUGGCAGGACGAUGGAGGAAGCGGAGUCAAUGUUGGUAGGAGGGCAGGCCUCGUGAAUGGAGAUUAUUUCACAUCCAACAGCAACAGUGGCGACGAGGAGCACUCGAACGAUAGCUCCAAUGGAACGAGCUGCAACCAUGUGGUUCUGGUGGGACCAUCCGGAUGCGGCAAAACGUGUAACGUGUACGCGGUGGCCAACGAGAUGCACUUCCAAGUGCUCGAAAUCAACGCCAGCAGUCGGCGAAAAGGGCGCCUCAUUUUGCAGGAACUGCUCGAAGCCACCCAGAGCCACCAGGUGCGAAAGGGCUCAACCGAUGGCUUGCUGGUGGGUGGUGGUGUCCGUGCCGCUACGGGCAAGGGUGUUGGGGGGCGGCUUCCUGUGGCCAGCCUGCUCAACAAUUGCCUCCAGCGCCGCCCUUCCUGCAGUGACGGAACGCCAUCCAAGAGUAAACUUUCGCUCAUCCUCAUCGAAGAUGUGGACAUUGUGUUCGAGCAGGACGAAGGAUUCCUCGGGGCGAUCAAUCAACUGGUGGCGAGCUCGAAGCGACCGAUUGUGCUGACCACAACUAAUCCUUCCUGUCCGCACCUGGCCCGUUAUAUGAACCGCCACAAUGUGAUUCGCUACGUCGCGCCCGGUAUCGAAAAUGUGGCCAAAUUUCUUUCCCUCUUGGCGCUCGUCGAACGUGUACCGAUCGAUAAGCAGGAAAUUGGUCGCUUGUAUGCCCGCAACGGAAAGGAUAUGCGUAAAACGUUAAACGAGCUACAGUUCUACAUUCACAGCGAGGACGCGGAGCCUGCGACCGUCCUGCACGCUGAGCCUCAAUCCGACCGUCUGUAUCGGUUGUUUAUGGAGAAUCAAAACGAAACAAUUACCCUGGAGCUGCCCCUCGCCUUCGAUACGCUAUGGUGCAAUAUGGAAUUGGCACUACGCGAAGCGAAAAACUUCACCGAACGCACCGUCUCCGUGACUCCUAGGGGACGGAAAAAGAAACGGAAGGGCACAUAUCGGAACGGUGAUGAAGCUUUGCACGAUCGUUCGAGCACGAUCACGGCGAUGGGUGAGCUGUACGAAAACAUAAGCCGAGCGGAGGUGAGCUGGGCGGUGAUGCAACAGAACCGCAUCCGGUACGGGCGUGACCCACAGGACGAGCAGCAGCAACAGCAACUCUCGCAGGAUAUUGCCCACACGCUGCUGGAAACGUCGUGGAUCGAGUGGUUCGGAAGGAGCAACGCACGGCGGGGAAAGUCGAAGGACGAAUGCGAAGAUGAAAUCCCGUCUCCGGCCAAGAAGUACGAUGGCCUGCGCAAGUUCGAACCAGAACCAUUAAAAACCAUUGCGUCGUACGUUGGUGUUAGUGGCGUUCGAUCGCGAGUUACGAACUGCGACUAUGAACCGAUCCUGCGGCAGAUUUGCCGCACCGAGCGAGAUCGUUCCAUGCAGGAACGACGAGGCAGCCGGUUCUAUCACUAUCUGCGCAACUUCACCACGACAGCAAGCAACGUUGGGACCGGAUCGGUAACUAGUGGGUUUGGUGUGGAUCAUUUCGAGGCCCUAAGCCACCGAUUCGAAUACGUAGCAGAACCGGAAAAGGAAGAGUUGACCCCAAACGACAGCAUCAACACGUUACAAGAGUGAUGCCAGUGGAGAUGCCAGUUGAGCGGGAUUGAUCUGUGGGAAUCUGGUGAAGAAAGGCACUGUGCGUAGAAAGCUAUUUUCGGCCACUAAACAAAGUCGGGAUAUCUUUGCAAGUUUAGCUAACGUUUGCUACCUCUCUCUCUCUCUCUUUCUCUAUCUUUAUUUCUCUCUAUCUCUUUUCACUUUGCACUAAUUUAUGUUUCAUGCUUUAAAUUCAGCGGAGUUGAAGCUAUCUUUGUCCCUCAAAACACACCCGUUAGCAGGAUUCGCCCUAAGUAAUGAUCAAGCAGCCAAUGAUCGCGUAGCUGAUCUUCACCGCACAAAGAAACGGUCCCCAAACUGGAGCAACAAUCGAAACAAUCUUGUAUAUUCCGUUAGGUGUUCCCGAGCGAUGCGCGCGAGGGAUAGCAAAUACAUUGUAGAUCGAGAGCUACAGUUUUAAGCAUUAUAGUAUGAAGUGGGAAAAUAAAAACAUUAA